AUGUUUGACGACUUUGUUCAGAGCUCUUCGUCGCAGCAAACUACACCACCACCAAAUCAAAGGCGAAAGAAUGCCUACACUGGCAGUCUACAUACCAACGGUCACGCUUCCAUUCCGCCUCGCUUUUCUGAUGUGACCUACGACUCGAUCAAUGAUGGCUUUGAACCCGACCACUAUGGUGGCCGCGGCAUUGACGAACAAGACACCAUACACGACGGCUUUGGAGCACCCUUGCUAGAUCCGAUCGCUGCGCUCGAGACUGGGUUCGUCUCUUCAGACGCGGGCCCUUCAUCACAUUCGGAGCCCAUCUUCCAGCUGGGCAGGGUUCAAUAUGCCUUUUCAGCACCACUGGCUCUUAUGACUGUCUCAUCCAACAUUCUGACCAUGUGUUUGUAUGCGUACCCCAAUCCAUCCCAAUCCUCCAGUCCGUUCCCAACUGCUCCACCAAAGCUGGUGCGCAUCAACCUCGACGAUCCAGAACACUCGCAAGAGGCCGAUAUUCCCAUUCCACCAACGCCUCGCGCUGCACGCAACGCUCCGCCACCAGAUCCUAGCACACUUGGCCCACACAAAAUGUUUGCUGAUCCGUCCGGUCUCCAUCUCCUGCUCGCUAUGCGCAACGGUGACAACUAUUACUGGGCCAGCGGCUGGAGAAAAGCUCGUCUCCUUCCUAAACUCAAGGGCCACAUCAUCGAGAGUGUAGCGUGGAACAAGGAAAGUCAGUCGUCGCCAUCAGCAGUAGCGCGCAAACGCACACCAAACUCUAGUCCUUCUCUCUCCACCACACGCCAGAUUCUGCUGGGCACAAGAUCAGGAGACAUUUAUGAAGCUGUCAUCACAGCUGCAGUGGGCAGUGACCCUGACGAUGGCGAUAUCUUUGACAAGAUCGCUCGCCGAACAGCUGGCACUGGUGCCGAAAGGGGUGACGUCGACCGUGUCGUGCGACACAUGACCACCUUGCCAGAACGUCAGCCGGUGACCGGCCUCGUGGCCGAGUUCUUUCCUCGCACGGCACCAGCUCCAUCAGUUGAUUCAUCAGCGGCAGCCCCAUUCUCGGUAUCCAGCGAGCUUCUCCGAGCUGUCGUCAUCGCCACCACAAGUACGCGCAUCUAUGAGUAUAUUGGAAUUCUCGCUAAAACUCGCGCCGACGACACUGACUCGCAGUCUCUCUUCGACAAGCUCUUCCUGCCCUACCGUGGCGACUCUUCGCCCAACCUCAAAUCUGAGCUCCCUGGUGAUCUGCCGUACUCUGAGCUACACACUUGGACUCCGUCCUCUUCCAAACACACCUCGGCGCUCGCAUGGCUCACCGGUCCGGGCGUCUACCACGGUCUUCUAUCGUACCCAUCCGAUGCAACAGCUGGCGACAGUGUCAUUGAGACUGCCAAUCUAUUGCCGUAUCCAGCCAUUGCGAUCGAAGACGAAAACAACAACAGCCCAAGCAAACGCCGCAGUCGCAUCAGCUCUACUUCCAAUGGCGACCAAAUUGCAUUCAAUCAAGGCGGAGCACCCAUUACAGAAAUUCCGCUCAGCAUCGCAUUGACAGAGUUUCACUUUGUCUUGCUCUAUCAGGACCGCGUCAUGGCCAUCAGUUCGCUCGACGACCACGUUAUCUUCGAGGAGGCCCUUCCACUCAAGCCUCACGAGCGCGUCAUAGGUACUGCUGUCGAUGUUACAAAGCAGACCUAUUGGAUUUAUACCGAUGCCAGCAUCUUUGAGCUUGUUCUUCGCGAUGAGGACCGUCACGUUUGGCGUGUAUACCUUGAUCGAGGUUCGUUUGACACCGCGCUCAAGUAUGCCAAGCCAGGCGUCCAGCGAGGCACGGUCCUCUCCUUCCAAGGCGAUCGUUUCUUUGCUGAAGGCAAGUACAUUCAGGCUGCCCAAUGCUAUGCACAGACAUUCAUGCGUGCCUUUGAGGAGAUUGUCCUGCGCUUCACCGAUGCCGAGCAACGCGAUGCGCUGCGAUACUAUCUCGUCAUGCGGCUGGAACGGCUCGACAGGACCUACGACGUGGCUCAACGCAUCAUGCUCGCAACCUGGCUCGUGGAAAUCUACCUUAGCAAGAUCAACCAGCUUGAAGACGUCGCUGCUGCCGAGGCCGCCAGUCAGGACGUGGACAACUACCGCCUAGAGAUCACCAUGAUCACCGAAGAACUGCACCAAUUCCUCUCAACCUAUCGCUCAUUGCUCGAUCCGCAUACCACUUUUGAUCUCAUCAAAAAGCACGGUCGAUCCGAUGUCUAUCUUCACUUUGCUUCGGUCAUCGGCGACCAUCCGCGCAUCGUGCGCCACCACGUCCAGGCCAAGCAGUGGACAAAGGCCAUCGACGCCAUCAACAAGCAAGGAUCACUCGAACUCUAUUACAGCUUUGCUUCCGUGCUCAUGCGACAUGCGCCUGCGCAGACGGUCGAUUGCUGGACUCGCCAGCGCAAGCUAGAACCACGUCAGCUUAUUCCUGCCUUGCUGCAGCACAAACCUGAUUUGGACCUAGGAGAGACCGAUCAAGCAGUCAAGUAUCUGAGCAUCAUCAUUGCUGGCAAGAACGGAAACAAGGACACCGCGAUUCACAAUUUGCUCCUCACGCUGCUAGCACGCAAUGCAUCUCGCUACCCGAAGCGUGAAGAGACAAAGCAAGAACUGCUACGCUUCAUCGACGAUGCCAAACCAAACCCAUUAACAGGCCAUCCGUACUUUGACCUCGAUUAUGCGCUGCGCACGUGCUUGUCGCAGGGGCAGAUGGAGGCGUGCGUACGCAUCUAUGCCAAGAUGAGCCUGUUCGAGUCAGCAGUUGAGCUGGCUAUUCGAGAAGGAGAGGUUGAACUCGCCUGCAGCUGCGCCGACAUGGCUGAGUCCAUGGACCGCGACCUGCGCAAGAAGCUUUGGCUCAAGGUUGCCAAGGAAGUCGUGCGCACUGCAGCCGACAUCAAGUCGGCCAUGGCGUUCCUACGACGUACCGAUCUCAUCUCGAUCGAGGACGUGUUGCCCUUCUUCUCCGAUUUUGCAGUGAUCGACGAUUGCAAGGACGACAUAUGCGAGGCAUUGGAGGGCUACGCUGCACAUAUUGAAGAGCUCAAGGAUGAGAUGGAUGAAGCUUCGCGUUCGGCUGCCGCUAUCCAGCAGGACAUUGCAAAGCUUAGCGAACGAUUCGUCACGAUCGAGCCGGAUCAGAAGUGCCAUCACUGCAUGCAGGUACUCGUUCAACGACAGUUCUACAUUUUCCCUUGCAGGCACGGUUUCCAUGCUGACUGUCUUAUUGGCGAAGUGACCAAGACCAUGUCAGCGCGCGGUCUGCGAAAGCUGCUCGAGCUCCAGCAACAAAUCUCGGCGCUAACAAGUGGUCUCGUGCCUGCACUGCCGAGUUCGGCGCUAGCAAAUAUGGGAUUCCUCAAAGAUGGCUCGAGGGCGGCUGUGAACGCUGCCCAGGGUGCAAGGCAGGUAGGGAUGAAUGGAUUGCAGGCCAGCGCAAGGGGCUUGGGCAAUGUGACGGCUGCGAUGGGCCUUGAUAAGCUUCGCGAGCGCGUGGUGCCAGAUGCCGUCAUAAGCGCGAUCUCGGCUGGUGUGAGCGUUAGCGUAGCAGGUGGGCGAAGGGUGUUGGCGCCAUUGGAUCCGUUUUCGAACCCGACAACAGAUUGGGUGGCAGGCUCGCGCACGGCGGCACAACGACGUACUGCCACUUUGACCACCGCAUCGGGGGCCAAUGAUGGUCAAGACGGGCCCAACAAGAACGCAAUCGGCUCAGCAAGGGGCAUCGAAGAUCAGGAAAGGAUUCAACAACUUCGCGAUCAGCUCGAUGCACUUAUCGCCGGGAGCUGUCCGAUGUGCGACGGAAGCGCAAACGCUAUCAGUAGGCCGUUUAUCUCAGACAAGGAAGCCGCAGACGAGUGGGCACUGUAG